GAACAAGAUGGAGGCGGAAGAGAAGUCGGCGGAGGGUUUCGCUGAAGGGGACCCUGGGACAUCUCAGGAGAUCGAAGCGGCGCCCAGCGAGAACCCCUCGAGAAUGCUGAUCUUUAAUACCUUGGUGGACAAGUUUCUAGAUGGGCUGGUGCAGGCGGGCAGUUACCAGAGAUUUGCCCGUUGCUACAAGCGCUUCUACAAACUGCAGCCGGAAAUGACCCGCAGCAUUUACGAUCAGUUUGUGUUCCAGCUCCAGAAUUCCAUCAGGGAUGAGAUACAAGAAAUUAGGGACGAGGGGAACCUGGAGGCGCUUUUGGACUCGCUCGACAAGAUGGAAAAGGAGGCGGGAGACAGAACAGAACUGGCGUGGCGCCCCAGUGGGGUUCCAGAGCAGGACCUGCGCUCUCACCUGGUGCCCUACCUCCUGCAGCAGAGAGACUACCUGCACAAGGUCCUGAAAGAGAGAGAGGAGGAGAACAAGAGACUGGCCCAGGCUGUGCUGCUCGGCCGGAGGAAGAUCCAGGAAAUGCAGAAAGAGAUCGAGACGAGGAAACAGGCCUGGCAGGAGCUGAGCAAAGCCCAAAGGGAACUGAUUCUGUCAGUGGAGGAGCCCAAGUGACUGUGCGCCGUUUAGUAGACCAUUCCCAGGUGGAUCUCUGCCCCGGGGGCUGAUUGCUGCUCUUGUUUUGCUGGACCAACUGCAUGGACAAUACGUGGAGAGCGCGUAUAUCAAUAAAUCCGGUUGGACUGUUGCUAUAGGAACGGGGACCAGGAAUGUUCUUUGUUAGUCGGACACUAAAGAUUUCUGUUAUUGAAUCUUUAUUAUGUUUGUCCCUACAGCUCACCAGUAGAAGUGAGUCUCAGAAUUCCAGUUUUUACAUGGAUAUUCUCAUCCCCUUUAAUUCUGAUCCCAUGUUUUUCCUUUAGGAUAUUAUUAAUACAUUUACACCUUUAAAAACACAAUUACUGCCAUUGAUUUAAGUGAAAACACACACAGGAAUGUAGCGGCGACGUGUAGUUCAGCAAUGGCCGAGUGGAUAAAGAGAAUUUAUAGCCAUAAAUCGAGGCAGCGUUGCUGUUCUGUGCCUGGAGAUGAAAUAGAGGCAGUCAUGUGACUACCAGGAAUUGCUAUUUUUCUGUAUUCGCAAAUUAAAUCAGAUUUUUGCAAGA